AUGCGUUUUUUUCGAAAGCAAAGAGAAAUUCAGCAGUCCAAUGCCGCUGUUGACGAAAUCACUCUGGGCACUCCCAUGGCUGAGCUGCCCGCUGUUGUUUCUCUGAACGUUUUGUCUCCGUUAAGGUCCUCCCAGUCAACAUCAGUUGUUGCAGCGGACAGCAACGUCAUAGAUGCUAGUGCAACCACGACACCAAGAAGGGGAGAAAAGCCCUUGACGCGUCAAAAAAACUUCGCCGCACGGGCGAAGAGUGGUUUUGUAAUUGCUUUUGAAAAGGUGUCCCUUGAAGUGGGGCCCUCUUUAUUUCGUCGACCACGUUCUCUUCUGCGAGACGUCUCUGGUUAUCUCCCUUCUGGCAGUGUGAGUGUUGUGCUGUGCCCCAAUGCAAAGUGUUCCCGCAAACUGCUUGAAGUGUUGGUAGGUGUUGAAGAGCGAGCGUCUGGCUCAGUGAUGGCAAAUGGGCUUCCCGUUGUAUCCACUGUGUUUCGUAGGCGUGCCGCCUUCAUCACCUCCACGGAGGUGUGUUUGCGAGACGCCACAGUACGUAGCAAUCUUCUUUUCUCGGUGCGUAUGCGAGUAGAAACACUUGAAGAGGAUAGCAUUGUGAAGGGUGUGGCUCAAGCUGUGCGUCUGGAGCACUUGCUUGAGGUGAAGGCAGAGAAACUAAGCCCCAUGCAGCUGUAUCAGCUCACACUGGGCAUGGAACUUGUGCGGAACCCAAUGCUAUUAGCCUUGCAUAUGCCUACACGGAACCUAUCUACUGGGGAGAUGCAUAGUUUUGUUUCCGUGCUGCGGGGCUUGGCAGGGAGUAGUGGGCGGGUGAUUGUCGUGUCUGCGACAGAGCUGUGUCGUGCGCUCUUUGAAAUUGUAGACAAUAUCUUGUUGCUCAGCUCGCAAGGGCACCUGCUCUACUCUGGCCCUAAGGCGGGGGUGGAGGAAUUUCUGCGAGAGCAAGGGCAAUCGUAUAUUCAGCGCAUGGGCGAUGAAUCCCUUGGGGAACUGUUAGUAACCCUCGAUGAGGGCGGGGACGCAGCACAUGUGGCAGGCGCUUUUACAGCUAGCUCUGCCUGCCGUCGAAUCCAACGCCAUGUCGAAGAACACCGGAAAAACAUCGCAUCGAAUAGUUUUGACCCCGUCUCACGUGCCGCUACGCCGACACCCAAUUACUUUCUAAAGUGGUACCUGCUGACCGUGCACACCUGUUGCCGUGCCACGAUUGGGCAACGGAGUGUUCUCCUUUUGUGGACCAUGUUCUUCUUUUUGUUCUUCCUCCUGGCCUUUCUGAUGGCGGGAUCCAGCAGCGAUCAAAACGCCAUGCAGAACAAAAGAGGGGUUGUGUUUUUCCUCGUUUCCUGUUCGAUGCAGGUGAAUACAAUCUUAGUCGACGUGGAGGUGCGAGAGUUUUACUCGGCUGUGCAUCUUCGCAACAAUAAUUACUUUGACACUCUACAGUAUUUUACGGCAACGGUAGUUCGUCUCGUUCUUACCCGGGCUGUGUUUGUGAUUAUCGCGGCCAGUUGCACGGCCUUCAUAUUGGAAUCCAGCCUUUCAUUGGCUCUAACAAUGGGACUCACGAGUCUUGCCCAUGCCUCCCUAACGUUACUGCUCGUGUAUUGGCAUCCUGUUGAGCAGGACGUAUGGCUUAUUGAAAAUAUCUAUUACGUUUACUGUAUCAUACUGAGCGGUUUCCUUAUUUGUCUUCCGAGUGUGCCGGAGUUUUUUUCCGCCCUCUCUUUGCUGCGGUACGGCUACGGCGGUGUGGUGGCAUCGGAACUACGCGGUAACCCGUAUUCGUGUGACACCGAAGGGCGUCAUUCGUAUUGCUACACGGGGGAUCAGUACUUGGCGAUGGAGGGAUUUUCCCACGACAGCUGGGGGAAGUCGUCGCUGAUUCUGUUCAUCAUCACGCUGGUGGUACUUGCACUCGUUGCCGUGAGUAUGAAUACUGUUUGGAAUCCACGCAGGUGCUGGAGCAGGUGA